AAGUGCCUUAGGUCAAUAGCUAACUCCUACAACAUGUCUACGCAACGCAUAUGGACAACGGAUAAUAAUCACGCAUCGGAAUUCGGACCCGAAUCGGUGAAGAGUUCCGCCACAAAUCCCGCCCUCGUCCAUUCCGGUAAUCCUUACCUAAUCGGGAUCCAAUCAAGAUUCCGACGGCGGUAUUAUCACAAAUCGAUACUACUAUGCCUGCUGCUGGUAAUCCUCAUCCUGACGAUCGCUAUCAUCGUAAUAGCGUGUUUGCUGCAUUUCCCGCCCGAAAUCUGCCACACACCGGACUGCCUGCGUUCGGCAGCGGCCCUCAAGCACAGCAUGGACCUCACGGUGGAUCCCUGUGAGGACUUCUAUCAGUACGCCUGCGGUAACUGGGAGGACGAACAUCCUCGCCCCGACGCCUACGUCAGCUUCGAUUGGUUCAGUGAGCGGCAGGCUAAGAUAUUGCGCAAUAUCCGCCUCUAUCUGCAGGCUAACAACAGCGAACUUGAGCCAAAACCUGUCCUGCAGGCUCGCGCCAUGUACGCCGCGUGUAUGAAUCUCACCGCCAUGGACCGGCUUGGGUAUCGGCCGGUGUUCAAAUACCUCAAGCAGUUCAAUUUGCCACCCUAUCCUGCCUUUUUGAACGUUACCGAUGCCAUCGAACCGGCCGAUUUCAAGGGCUACGACUUUGAUUGGGUGCGAUCGCUGGCCAAAAUCAAACAGCUACUCGGCAUGGACGUCUUCAUCGGGUUCGAUGUAUAUCCGGAUCCACGUCAUCGGGAUUACAAUCGGUUGGUGCUGGGGACACCUGAGAGUGGUUCUGAUUUGCCGUUUAAUUCGGAUAUCCUGAGACGCAUCCGUCACGGAAAGGGACGUCGCAAGCUUACGGUGAGUGCGGACGAUUCCCCUGAGGAUGAGGCGGAUGACGAUGAGGAGAAACCCGGAAGCGAAUCCUCCGAGAGUUCGGUGUCACUGACGGAGUACAAAAAAUUUAUGGUCGGUGUCAUGAAGCUACUGGUCAAUCACACCGAUCCUUCGAUAAACGUCGAAUCGUUUAACGCCAAUUUCGAAACGGCCGCUACGAUUGUGGUGAAAUUUUCGGAAUCUAUUUCCAAGUUCAACCGCGAUGCCGAGAACGCCUCCAAAAGCACGAACGUAGAAGAUCGUCUCAAUCUGCAGGACAUCGUAUACUACACGGUGGCCGAUUUACAGAACAUCACGGACUCGCAUCUCUCCCCGAAGAAACCGCUGCCCAUCUGGGAGCAGCUUUUGAGCAGCAUGUUCGAGGGUAUUCCCGAGGCCCAGCUAAAUCUGCAGGACGAGAUGAUCCUUACGAGCAAUGCUGACAUUCUCUACCUCAAGCUGCUCGUCGAUUACCUGUCCGUAACGCCCCUGGCACACAUUGAGCUGUACAUCUGGUGGACGGUGGUGGAGGAGCUGAUUCUUCACACCACGAUGGAAGUUCGCAAGAUGUACUACGAGUACUACAAGGUUAUCUCACCGGCGGACGGCUUUAGUUCGCGUACACUCUACUGUACAGGUACGGUCAAUCGCUUGCUCGGAAUGGCUGUCAGUUACGCUAUCUCGAAUGACAAUUUCACGCGCCACACCAAGCCUCGGGUGCAGGACAUGCUGCGGUACAUUCGGGCCGCCUUUGAGGGACUCGUCCGUGACACGACUUGGAUGGACUGGCCAACUAAGCAGUCCACGCUGCGAAAGUCGGAGGCAAUGCGAAGCCUGAUUGGGUUUCCGGAGUGGAUUCUGGAUCACCGGCGCCUGGAGCAGCACUAUGACGGGCUGCAAGUCAACGAGAGCACCCACCUGGAAAAUAUGAUGGAGGAAAUACAGCGCAAAAACAUCAUCAAAUUGCGCCGCUGGCGACACAAACACGAGCUCAGCUGGGAAACUUUGCCCACCAACGUGAACGCGUUCCACACGUUCCAGGAAAACGCAAUCACCAUUCCGAUUGCCAUCCUGCAGUACCCGUUCUACCAUCUAGGGUUGGAAGCGCUGAACUAUGGUGCAUUGGGAACCAUCCUUGGGCACGAGUUAACCCACGGUUUCGAUGAUAGUGGACGCCAGUUUGAUAAGAACGGUAAUCUCAAGCAAUGGUGGACCAACAAAACCGUGCAAGAAUAUGUGAACCGCUCCAAGUGCUUCGUUAACCAAUACAGCCGGUACUUCAUCUCGGAGGCAGACGACUAUAUCGACGGGCUGCUCACGCUGGGUGAAAACAUUGCCGAUAACGGUGGGGUGCGGGAGGCAUUUCGAGCGUACCAACUUUACGUGAAAAAUGCCGGCAAGGAGGCUCUGCUGCCUGGUUUUGAGGACUACACGCACGAGCAGCUGUUUUUCAUCUCGUACGGCAAUAUAUGGUGCGAGUCACACACGAAAGCCGCCGCCAAGGCUUAUCUCGAAGAUUCGCACUGUCCCGGCAAGUUUCGGUUGAAAGGAGUGCUAACUAACUCACCCGAGUUUAGUAAAACAUUUGGCUGCAAGCUCGGUACCGAGAUGAACCCCAGCAAGGAAAAGUGUCGCGUAUGGUGA